UCAAUAUGCAUAAGCAGUUUCUUCCGAUGAAUAGAAAGUUUAUGAGACAGCAGGAGAUAGCAACUCCUCUCGGGUUGCAUAGUUAAAGAAAACCGCUAUGUAAGAAGAAGAAAGGAAUUGUAUCGUAUGCUGCGUGCGAUCCAGGGAAGCAGAAACUUUUUCGUUAACCGCUUUGUAAGAAGAGGAAGAAGAAGAAAGGAAUAGUAUCGUAUGCUGCGUGCAAUCCACGGAAGCAGAAACUUUUUCGUUAGUAGCUUGCAUCCGCAGCUAACAAAUUCCAUCCCAUCCAAGCGAGAAAGAAAAAUAAGGUCGGAGAGGUGCAAAAGACUCGUAUGCAACCUGAGAUACAUCGUCCAUUGAACCUCCAGCACCACCAUAUUCUGACAACAAUAAUCAUGGUUGUCGAGGCACUUCUCUCGUCCUUCUUGGAAAUUCUGAUCGGCUCAACGAAGAAUAGCGUAGUCCGGCAGAUAGGUGGUGUCUGGGGUCUGGAGGAGGACCUGGAAAAGCUUGAGAGGACGUUGUUGCGGAUUCAAUCCAUCGUUGGAGAUGCAGAGGAGCAGCAGAUUAAGGACACUGCCGUCAAAAAUUGGUUGACGGCACUCAGGGAUGCGGCCUACGCUGCAGAGGACGUUCUCGACGAAUUUAAUCUCGAAACCCUCAGGAAGAGUAACAGAGCAAUCGAGAACAAGAUGAUGGGCAAGGUCAGUGACUUCUUUUCAUCCCAUAAUCCACUUUAUUUUCGAUUCAAAAUGGCAAGGAAAUUGAACGAAGUAGUAAAGAGUAUAGAUGAGAUUGCAGCAGAGAGUCGUAAGUUCAAUUUUGCAGUUCGCACACAAGAGCAAACCCCCCCAACUGUACGACAAACACACUCUUAUGUCGUGGAAUCGGAUGUUAUUGGUAGAGGCGAGGAGAAGGAUGAGAUAGUAAAGCUGCUAAUAGAACAGCAGGAUGAGAAUGAGAAGAUUGCAGUCCUCCCUAUAGUUGGCAUGGGAGGAUUAGGAAAGACUACCUUAGCUAAACUGAUCUACCAAGACAAGCGGGUGGAGAGGCAUUUCCAAUUGCGUAUUUGGGUUUGUGUGGGCUCUGUUUUUGAUCUGGGAGAGAUUCUUAAAGCGAUCAUCAGUUCCGCCACUGGGAGACAGAGCGACCUGAAAUUUAUGGACAUGUUACAAUGCAGUGUUCGAGAUGUAUUGGCCGGGAAAAGAUAUCUGCUUGUGUUAGACGACGUAUGGAAUGAAGACUCAUCGAAGUGGGACGACUUAAAAGCGCUGUUAGCUUGCGGAGGAGACGGAAGCAGAGUUGUUGUGACCACGCGUAGUGAUGGAGUGUCGUCCAUGAUGGGUACGCUCACCACUCACAAGCUGCCAUUCCUAUCUGAAGAAGAUUCAUGGGAUUUGUUCAGGAGAAGAGCAUUUCCAAGCGGACAAGAUGAUGAUAAGCAGCAGCAUCAAAAUCUGGUGGAGAUUGGAAAAGCCAUUGUAACAAAGUGUGGGGGAUUGCCUCUCGCAGUGAAGGCCCUGGGCAGCAUGAUGAGCUACCAGAAUGAUGAAAGGGAGUGGUCUGCUAUAAAGGAAAGUAGCAUCUGGGCUACCAAAGUCGGUAGUGAUAUCCUACCUGCACUGCUUCUGAGUUAUAAUGACUUGCCUUCGCACCUGAAGCGAUGCUUCGCCUUCUGUGCCAUAUUCCCCAAAGAUUACGAGAUAGAAGUUGACAUGUUGAUUCGACUGUGGAUGGCUCAGGGGUUUAUUCCAUCGGAAGGAACAGCAGAACCGGAGGUUAAAGGCCACCGAAUUUUCAUGGAGCUACACAAGAGAUGCUUCUUUCAAGAUGUACGCCGAGUUAAAGAACGUAGAUACGUAGACUUCUUGGGUAAUAUCAUGCAUGAUUAUUUUCGUUGGAGAGAUUAUGAGUUAGAAGUCAAAGGAUAUUGCAGUUUGAGAACAUGCAAGAUGCACGACCUCAUUCAUGACCUUGCACAACAUAUAUCGGGAGAAGAAGGUGUCGCGUUGCUAGCGCCAUACACUGCCACAGAACCAAGGAAGGAUGUGCAUCACUUGUCCUUACCAGGAACCUACUCGUCUUCCAAAAUCCACGAGACGCUGGGGAAAUUUCCUGCCCUGCGGACGCUACUGGUACGAGAUGCAUAUUUUGGAAAAGCUGUGGACAACAUUUCAAGACCGGCCAAAUUAAGAGUGUUAGGAUUCCAUAAUUUAAAUGCUACGAUGUUGCUAAUGUUAGAAUAUGUGGCCUUUUUAUUGAAUAAGAUAUAUAAUAGAAUUGGGUUCCGUUGCGAUAUUUUAGCCAAGACUAAGUCCAUUACGGAACGAUUCCUCGGAGUGAUCCUGUGAAAGGAUAGGAAGAGAGGAGAAAGGGUCUACUCUUCGCACUCCCUGCAGAUUCCGCAGCGCGAUCGGAUUAAAGACGGAGCCUGCAGCAAUCUUGGAUCACGGUGCUGAGCAGAUCAAACAAGAUCUCUGAACGGAUGGCUUCAAAAGUGGUACUUCCGCAUAUAUACUCAUAUGCUUCAAGUGUCCCUGUACUUUCUGGAUCAAAUUAUUCAGAAUGGUUAGAGCAUGUGCAAUUCACACUGGGUGUAUUAGAUCUUGAUCUAGCAUUACUUAUUAAAAAGCAUGCAGACUUGACUGAUGAAAGUACUGUUGGGAAAUCAUAGGGGGGGCGACAUCAUAUGCGCAGCGGAAGAACAAGAAAACAAAAAUCCCCAAUUCCCAAAAAGAUGUUCAUCGUCGUGCGAAGAUUGGUGCGCAAAAUCCGCAAAAACACAAAACUGCGUAUAGAGAUUGUGUUACCUAGGGAGAUCGUAUAUCCCUGUUUCCUUGCAGAUCCUUAGGAGAGGGUGAAGGAGGUCAAGCGUCCUCCUCUCUAGCGGUGAUCCACACAGCAGGGUUGCGACGACGCUCCUCAAAACUCCAGGCCUACUCUGAGGGGGAGAGGGAGAGGAGAAUAGGAAGGGCAAGCAAAGACUCUAGCCUAUGAGGCUGUGAAUCCCUCCUAUUUAUAGAGAUCCCGUGUCAAAACCCUAAUGGGUCCUUUCCCUAGUGGGUAUUGGAUCUACAUCCAAUAAGACAAG